GUUUGACAAGGGAAGUUUUGCAGCCCGGAGUGGAGGGGGGUCUGAGGGGAUUUGGUUAAUUCCUCUCUUUCACCCAAUUCUCUCAAUUCCCCACUAAUCCCUCCUCCUCAUAAACUCCUCUAUUUGGUUAAAUCUCCUACAACAGCAGCAGUAAAGCAAGCGUCCAGUUUCAUGGGUGUGUUGGGGGGUUUUCUGUACCACAUGAAUUGAAGGGGAUUCAUGAGAACGGAGAGGAUUGGCGUGUUCAAUCCCUACAUAUCAAAUAAGCUGUCAAGGAUUUCUGAAGAUUUUAAACCCUGCGGAUAUUCCGCUCCAAACCUCCUCCACCAAACAAGGCCUAGGACCUUUCUGUAUUUCAGUAAUUCACCAAUCGUACCUCCACCCGGCGGCAGCGGCAGCGGCAGCGGCGGCGGUGGCAUGGCGAAGAGCGGCAAGUCGGCCGAGGCGGCGACCUCCACGGCCCCUCCUCCAAGCCCCUCCCCAGCCAUAAAGCCUAAGGCGAAGCCCCGGCUGGAAAUCGAGGGGUACCCCGUGGAGGGCAUCUCCAUCGGCGGGCACGAGACGUGCGUCAUCUUCCCGACGCUGAGCCUCGCCUUCGACAUAGGCCGGUGCCCGCAGCGCGCCGUGGCGCAGGACUUCCUCUUCAUCUCGCACGCCCACCUCGACCACAUCGGGGGCCUCCCCAUGUACGUGGCCACGCGGGGGCUAUACAGGCUGCGCCCGCCCACCAUCUUCGUCCCCAAGUACCUCAGGGAGCUCGUGGAGCGGCUGUUCGACGUGCACCGCGCCAUGGACCAGUCCGAGCUCAACCACACCCUCGUCCCACUCGACAUUGGCGAGGAGUAUGAGCUCAGGAGGGAUCUCAAGGUCAGGGCCUUCAAGACCUACCAUACCAUACCCAGCCAGGGGUACGUGAUAUACUCGGUGAAGCAAAAGCUCAAGCAGGAUUAUCUUGGCCUCCCAGGAAGCGAGAUCAAAAGGUUGAAGCUAUCAGGCGUGGAGAUUACUAAUACAGUGAUAACACCCGAGGUUGCUUUCACUGGGGAUACGAUGUCAGAUUUCAUUCUUGAUCCUGAUAACGCAGACGUAUUGAAGGCGAAAAUUCUUGUGAUGGAGAGUACUUUUCUUGAUGACUCUGUCUCGAUUGAGCAUGCAAGGGAAUAUGGGCACAUACACUUGUUUGAGAUUGCGAAUCACUCUGAGAAGUUUGAAAACAGAGCCAUUCUACUAAUUCACUUUUCGGCUCGUUAUACAACAGAGGAAAUUGAUGCAGGGAUAAGUAGAUUGCCCCCGUCGUUCCGAAGCAGAGUUUAUGCGUUGAAAGAGGGCAUCUGAAAUUAGGUUGAGAUAGUGAUCAACUUUUCUUGUCUUCCGUCUAAACUAGACCCAAAACCUUGCUUGUAUGGUAUGCCAUCGUAACAAGGUUCUUGACAUGUCCCUAGUACUAAAUUCAUCUGGAAUUCUGUGAAAUGGUGACUCGUUUAGUUGAGUGUUCAUUUUGUCUA